AUGAGGGAAAUUGUGCAUCUUCAAGUCGGACAGUGCGGUAAUCAAAUCGGGUCCAAGUUCUGGGAAAUUAUCUCAGAUGAGCAUGGUAUUGACCCCACCGGCCACUAUCAUGGAGAUAGUGAUCUGCAGCUCGAACGCAUCGACGUCUACUAUACGGAAAUCAACGGCAACCGGUAUGUUCCGCGUGCGGUGCUGAUUGAUCUGGAGCCGGGUACGAUGGACUCCGUCCGACAGUGUCCCUACGGAGCCCUGUUCCGGCCGGACAACUUUGUGUAUGGACAGUCGGGUGCCGGUAAUAACUGGGCCAAGGGACACUACACCGAGGGUGCCGAGUUGGUGGACAGCGUACUCGAUGUGAUCCGCAAGGAGUCCGAAUCGUGCGACUGUCUGCAGGGCUUCCAGCUGGCACACUCGCUCGGCGGUGGCACCGGGUCCGGUAUGGGAACGCUGUUGAUUUCCAAAAUUCGCGAAGAAUACCCGGAUCGCAUCAUGAACACGUUCUCCGUCGUGCCGUCUCCUAAGGUGUCCGAUACCGUUGUAGAGCCGUACAAUGCAACGCUCUCCAUUCACCAGUUGGUCGAAAACACGGACAGCACGUUCUGUAUCGACAAUGAAGCACUGUACGAUAUCUGUUUCCGUACGCUUAAGCUCACCUCUCCUACCUAUGGGGACCUCAAUCAUUUAGUAUCCGUCACGAUGUCUGGUGUAACGACGUGCCUACGAUUCCCCGGUCAGCUGAAUGCUGAUCUACGCAAGCUGGCCGUCAACAUGGUACCGUUCCCGCGUUUGCAUUUCUUUAUGCCCGGCUUUGCACCCCUAACGGCCAAGGGCUCGCAACAGUACCGUGCCCUCACAGUGUCGGAACUGACGCAACAGAUGUUUGAUGCGAAAAAUAUGAUGACCGCGUGUGAUCCUCGUCACGGCCGGUAUCUCACCUGUGCCGCCAUCUUCCGAGGUCAGAUGUCGAUGAAGGAGGUUGACCAGCAGAUGCUCAACAUCCAGAGCAAGAACAAUAGCUAUUUCGUCGAGUGGAUCCCGAACAACGUGAAGGUCGCGGUUUGCGAUAUUCCACCGCGAGGGUUGAAAAUGUCCGCCACGUUCAUUGGCAACACCACGGCGAUACAGGAAAUUUUCAAGCGCAUUUCCGAGCAGUUCACCGCCAUGUUCAGACGAAAGGCUUUCCUGCACUGGUACACCGGCGAGGGUAUGGACGAGAUGGAGUUCACCGAGGCCGAAUCGAACAUGAACGAUCUCAUCUCGGAGUAUCAACAGUAUCAGGAUGCGGAGGUGGAAGACUACGACGAAAUGGAAGAGAUUCCAGAGGAGGAACAAAACCACCACGAGUAGACAUGUUACCCAAUGUUUGUUUGUUUUUUUACCAUUCUUUGUUUUAACCAAUCCAAUAUGGAUGCAAUUGUCGACUUAGAAUUACGAUUAGUAAUUGACACAUCCAUUACACUUUACACCAUAUAGAAGUUUAUAAAUGCACAUUUUUGUCUGCCAUAAUAGCGCGGGGGAGAAAGCACAUGUUACGUCUCUCGAAAAUUAAAUUCCAAUAAAUAAGCCUGUACCUUUUGAGGGAACGAAGACCAUUUGUAGAAUCGAAGGACGACCAAAUACAUGGAAGAGAAUUUUUAAUCGCUAGCACG